AUGGCCGCGACGAUCCCUUUCGAGAGUCUUGGCGAUUUCAUCACCGCGCUCGCAAAGAUGGAGCUAUUACACAGCGGCAUUGCUCGCAUAGAUCUCGAACAACAGUCGCGUCUGGACGCGACUGCGCGCGAGAGACCAAAGCUUGAACCGGGCGACGACUUUUUCCUCUCCCCAUCGAGCAUUCAGUGCGUGAGCAAGCGACACAAGCGUUUCGAGCUGCUCUUUACUGGGUACGAAAUUCGGGAUCCACAUUUCGCGGCCAAGCAUGACAUGGGCUUCCUCGGAACAGACAUAACACUCGGAUUCGACGCGUGUCGAGGUACGCAAGCCGUGAAUCUAUGCGAGGACGUGAAAGACGAUCUAGACAUCAACGACGCGCACUACGACCAGUGCGUUCGCAAAGCGUGCGAGGUCCUCGCGGAACCGUAUCCGGAGAACUGGCGAGUAGAUUACGAGGCGUACGUAAAAAAUCACUGGUCAAACAUGCCGUAUCGUUGA